GGGAGAUACACUGACAGUAUGUCUUUUAAACAUUUGUCUUUGCUUGGUUGUUGUUGGGGGGGGUGUUUUGGAUGUGAAAAGCACUCGCACAUCACAAUAUCAUUUUUAGAAUCAUAUCGUGCGUAGGAAAUAGAAGGAACCCACCGUUUCUUCGUCUACUUCUCAUCUACCUGCUCCUCCAGAAGUGACUAUUGGUACCGUCGAUUCCUCCCAGGGGUCCCUUCCCCCGCAACACGGUCUGCUGACAAACCUCCGCUGUUCCCCUCCUCUCUGCUGUCCCUCUCCCCUCUCGCCACGGUCCCCAUCCUAGGUGACAUGUCCAUCACCCUGAAGCAGGUCUUCAACAAGGACAAGACCUUCCGGCCCAAGCGUAAGUUUGAGCCGGGGACGCAGCGUUUCGAGCUGCAUAAGAAGGCCCAGGCGUCGCUGAGCUCCGGGGUUGACCUGAGGGCGGCGGUAGCUCUGCCCCACGGGGAGGAUCUGAACGACUGGGUGGCCGUGCACGUAGUCGACUUCUUCAACAGGAUAAACCUCAUCUACGGGACGGUGUGUGAGUUCUGCACGGAGAAGAGUUGUCCGGUCAUGUCCGGAGGUCCUAGGUAUGAGUACCGAUGGCAGGACGAUCACAAGUACAAGAAACCAACGGCUCUACCGGCUCCCAAGUACAUGAACUUGCUGAUGGACUGGAUAGAGGUCCAGAUCAACAAUGAGGAUAUCUUCCCCACCAGCAUGGGUAUCCCCUUCCCCAAGAACUUCACCCAGAUCUGUAAGAAGAUCAUCUGCCGUCUGUUCCGGGUGUUUGUCCACGUCUACAUCCACCAUUUUGACCGUAUGAUCCUGAUGGGAGCUGAGGCCCAUGUUAACACCUGCUAUAAGCACUUCUACUACUUCAGCACAGAGCUCAACCUCAUAGACCGCAAGGAGCUGGAGCCACUGAAAGAGAUGACUUCUGGGAUGUGUCACUGAGGAGUAGCAGAACUACUGGAGCAGCUGAGGGACUGUCUGGGACGCCCUGCUGGCUCGGCAGGAGGUUACCAUGGAGAUACGGAGGGGUACACAGUUGACUCUGAAGCUUGAUGACAUCAUCAGUGUGAUUCAACUAGCUCGAUGUCAUCACUGUCAUUCUGAUAGCAAGAGAAGAGCCUGUUACCUGUAGAUAUACCUGGCUGGCUGGCUGACUGGCUGGCUGGCUGACUGACUGACUGACUGGCUGGCUGGCUGACUGGCUGGCUGGCUGGCUGGCU